GGGUCGGCAGAGGCCUGGCGUAUGACUGGGCGCUGGGGCCGGGGGGAGGGAGGCGGACAAAACCUAGCCAGAGAUGGGCGGAGACUGGAUGCAGACACCCUCGGGCACCGCCCCGCCCCCGCGACUCCGGACACUGAUGCUGCACAGACGCCCAGGGGUCUCCUAGCAGAGGACAGACCGAAUGCAUGAAGGACUUGGGGUAUGGGGAGCCAGGGGCCACCGGCUCUUGGGGCGGCGGACACAGUAGCCAACCGACGGACAGAGACUCGGAUUCGUGUUGGCCUGCGGGGACCCUAACGCUCUCUCCCCUCCUGGCACAGAGUGGAAUUCUCAGCUGCACUGCCGCACUGAUCACUGACGAAACAGGAGGAGGGCAUCGGGCCCGACCACCUGCAGCAUGACCAGCUGUCGCCACCAUUCGGGAUAUUUGGCUGACGACGAGGCUGGUCCCACCCCCUACGUUCCUCGGGUGCAGCCACCUAAGAAGCCUCUGUUCCCAGAAAUGGGACCAGCCUCCAAGGUGGGCCACAUGCCACACCCGCCAUCAAUGCACAGUCCUGUGAGCAGUUCAGGGCUCCAUGGCCAUUGCCGAAACCUCAAGGGCUCUCGACCCUUUAGGAACUUCCUGGAUUUCCUUGUUGAGGGCCAGGUGCUGGACAGCCUGCAGACAGUGGUGGAAGUGGCAACUGAGCGUAUGGCCACCAUGAAGACAGGAGCAGGAUUGCCGCUGGUGGAGAUGCAGGACCCAGUGGAGGUGCCAAAGGUUGGGCGACGGGCAUGUGGCCGGCCUAGCCUCAGUACCGUGCACCGGCACCGCACCCGGCCCAGUCUCUGUGUGGGGCACCCCAACAAUUACCCAUCCUGCUCCAGCUCCAUGUCUGACUCCCACAGCAGUUUCAGAGCCUGCUGGCCAGGCUCCCAGUUCCGGGACAGUGACCUGGAUGCCCAUAGCUUGGGCCCACUGCCAGCCGUGAAGGACAGACUCCUGCUGGAGAAGAGCCUCAAACGGCUGCUACAGCUGGAGAACAGGGGGAAAGGCCUGGGGCAGUGCUGCUCCCACAGGGACUCGCUGCCGUGGGACUCGCUUGACAGCCAGGCCAGCAGCCAGUGGACUCCAGAGACGCCCCUGUCCUGGUUCUCAGGGCUGCUGGGCUCGAGCUCGGGCACUCUGGAAGCAUCAGAGCUGGGGCCUGGAGAGCAGGAGCUGGUCUUCCUCAAGCGAGAGUUCAACAAGCAGAUCAAGUCCUUGCUGAGCCAGCCGGUGGCUUUUGACCUGCCUGGCUACUGCGCCAUCCGAGAGCCCCAUCGGACCCUGGACUUCCUGGCUGAGCACCACCUCUUCCCUGCCCUACAGAACGUGGUCAAUCAGGCUGUGGACAAGCUCAGUGGUGCCUGCCGGCACAAUGGCCGCCCUCUCUUCCCAUCAGAAUGGGAGCCCACCACAGAGUCUAACUCCAAGCUGGCCACACCCACCAAUGGGGAGGAGCCCGAUAAUUUGCUGCCCACCACAGCAGCAAGCCCCAAGGUGGACCACAGAAAGAACGUCAAGCCCAAGGGACGCAGGAAGCCCAAGGGAGGUGGCUCCCCUGUGUCCAGCACUCAAGUGGACACCAGGUUCCGGCUUGAGAUGACACCCACAGAAGAGCCCAAGGUUCCCUCACCCCACCUCAGGCACGAGGUAUCUGACAGGGACCCCAAAGUACAAAGACCACCCACACCAGCUUCUGGGCCCCCGAGUUCCAACCAGAGGUCCCGGCCCUGGCGGAGCCUGCACCUCACUCUGCCUGGCCCUGGGGUCGUGUUGGAAGUGCCCUCCAGACAGACCUACCUCCCAACCCUGGGCUCAGCUUCAUUCACUUCUCCCUGCCCUUCCUCCUCCUACCACCUCCCUGCAUUCUCACCAUACACCUCCGCAGUGUGGGGCCUCUCCCCAUCGCCUGCCACGCUAUGUCCAGAGGUGACCUCCUCAAGAUUGGGGCUAGGGGUCUUAGGGGUAGGUUUGCAGUGGAAGGGCUCCAACAGCCAUUGCUCCUAGCAGCCACCAUCACUGGCAGGUGCCCAAGGUCCAGGCUUCUUGCCCUGCCCUUGUGGAAACCACCUGAGCAGGAAUGAGCUGACAGGGUCCCCAAGAAUCUGAGCCUAGCUCCUGCCACGUGUUGUCAAAGAUGAAUAAAGGCUAUUUUUUA